AUGGCGGAACCAGAGGCUAUUGCGGUGGAUCCGGACACGUACGCCGUUGAUUCGUACUGGCCCGACGACUGGCAAUCGGAAACUACUUCUAUCGGAUCGUCGAUUUAUCGAGGAUUGAUCGAGAAUGGAAGACGCUAUCAAGCACUUCGAAACAAGGAGUACAUUAUCCCGGCCGAUGACGCGCAAUUCGAAGCAUAUGAAGCUGGACAUCUCUGUGCUCUCAUUCUAGAGUCACGUCAUGAUAAUCCAUUCUUCCGAUCUCCCGUUUCAGCACCGGAGAAUAUCCUGGAUAUUGGUACCGGCAAAGGAACCUGGGCGAUCGAUGUUGCCGAUAUGUUUCCAAAUGCCACCGUCCGUGGAGUCGACCUAUUCCCUCCACCAGUCUCUUGGGUGCCUCCAAAUUGCAUUCUUGAAGUCGACGACGUCCAGCAGGAAUGGACGUGGCACGAACCGUUUGACCUUAUCCACAUGCGUAUCAUGAUCGGAUCCUUCGACGAAUCAGAAUGGGAACGUUUAUAUAAGCAAUGUUACGACAACUUGAAACCGGGAGGCUGGAUCGAACAAUUGGAGGUUAGCCCCUGUGUUCAAACUGAUGAUGGAAGUCUGCCGCCGGAUAAUAUCUUGAAUGACUGGGGACCAAACGUCCUGGCAUGCGGUGAACGAGCCGGUCGAGCCAUCAACACCUUCGAAACGAUGACCAACAAGAUCCGAAAUGCUGGAUUCGUCAACGUCCAUGAGAGACACUACAAAUGGCCCAUUGGACCGUGGCCUCGAGACAAGGAACUCAAGGAGGCUGGCAUGGUUAAUCAUCAGCACUGGAGUUCUGGUCUAGAGGGCUGGGGUAUGUGGCUGCUUACCCGAUUUGGGGCUCCCCAUCCCUGGAGCCAGGAGGAGGUUCAGGUGUAUGUUGCCCAAUUGAGGAAUGAGUUGAUGAAUCCGCGUUUCCAUAUUUGGCACAGAGGACGGCGUGUAUGGGCUCAGAAGCCACUGGAUGGUAGUCCAACCCCGACGAAUAAGUGGCCAUCGGGUUGA